AUGGCGACGCCUUUAGUUCUAAGCCCACUGCUUCUAAUGGGAAUGGAAUAUCGAUGUGUUUUUUGUAUUUUAUUAAUAAGUAUUUAUUGGAUUGCUGAAGUUGUACCAAUUGGCGUAUCAUCGCUUCUGCCUCUUCUACUCUUUCCCAUAUUGGGCAUUGUUUCAGCUAAGGAUAUAGCUGAAAACUAUUUUAAGGAUUCGAUAGUGUUGUUCAUGUGCACUCUUGUAUUAGCCAUAUCUGUUGAAGAAACAGGACUUCAUCGUCGAAUAGCUUUGAAGCUACUGACAUCCGUGGGUUCCAGAAAGCAAACGAUGUUACUAGGUUAUAUGUCAACAGCUGCUUUCAUAUCAUUUUUCGUUUCUGAUACAGCAGCAACAGCUUUGAUGUUGCCUAUAGCUGUAGCCAUUGUCACAACAAUCUCACGAGUCACUGAUACAGCCAAAUCAACAGUUCACAGAACUAUUGAUCAUGUCGAAGGCUCAAACAACAACAGUGACAACAAGGAGGCUUCAAACAUUGAUGAAAAAGAAUUUUGUGAUUUGGUUGAAGAGAUGAACGAAGAAAACAGAGGAUUUGCCAAAGCGAUAGUGUUAGCUGCUUCUCAUGGAUCUCUUAUUGGAGGAACGGCCAUUAUAACUUCAACAGGUCCAAAUCUUGUUUUCCGUGAACAGCUACAGACCUUUUACCCUCAUGAUGAAGUAUCUGUAUCAUACUUACAGUGGAUGACAUUUGCAAUGCCACCUAUGUUCCUUUACCUUUUAGCUUCAUUCUUAGUAUUAUCUAUUUUCUUCUUAGGACCUUCUAGUUUAAUUAAAUGGUUCAAAAAGCGAACUGAUGAGGAAAAGCAUGUCUCAGCAGUUAUAUCGAAGAACUUGAGCACUGCCUAUCAUGAUUUAGGAAAAAUAUCAUUUGCUGAAGUUUCGGUAAUGGCUUGGUUUACUGUGCUCUUCUUACUUUGGGUAUUCCGUAAGCCUGGUUUCAUGGCUGGUUGGGGAAACCUUUUCCCCGAUAAUGGGGCUAUGCUUACUGAUUCCACUUGUGGAAUUCUUAUUGUCUUCAUGCUGUUUGUAUGGCCACGAGAAAAUCCCUUUGACGCUGAAGCUGAAUACGAACCAAUUCUCAAUUGGAAAAUAAUGAAAAUGAAAUACAGUUGGUCAUGCCAGUUACUGAUUGCUGCCGGUUAUGCCAUAUCGGAAGGAGUACAAAAAUCGGGAUUAUCGAUUCUCAUUUCAUGUACCAUGAAAGGAAUUUUCCAAAACUUACAACAUGUUUGGUUGCAACUUGCUGUCACCUCGUCUAUCUGUUUCAUGACAGAGUUCGCAAGUAACGUAUCAACAGGAAGUAUAUUUAUACCUAUCGUCAUAUCAGUGGCUGAAUCAUUCCAUAUGAACCCAUUGUACUUAGCAUUGCCUACAGCUGUAGCAUGUUCAUUCGCAUUCAUGCUUCCUAUGGCAACACCUCCUAAUGCCAUUGUGUAUGAUACAAAGAUUGUGUCAAUGUUUGAUAUGAUUUGUACCGGUUUCUGUUUGAAUCUUAUGUGUAUAGCUAUAACGGUAUUCAACAUGAACACAUACACGUUCUGGCUCUUCGAUAUGUCUCAUGUACCUCAUGUGCCAUCACGUCAGAAUGUAACACUUGCUUGUUAA